AUCAGAGAGACUUUUACCUAAAAUGAAGAAAAAAUAACAAUGUCACCACUAACUGUCUUUUUAUAAGGAUACUAAAAAAAAUCUAGCUAUCUUAAAUUAAAAUUUAUAAUAACGCUGCACACCUUCGGGUGCAGCAUAAUUAGCGACGCUCCGCAGGCGACGCGCCGCGGUGCGGAGUCACUCCUUCCGUGUACCUGGACUGCUGCAGUUCUCCCUUCAUCCGCGACCUGCGACCGCGAAGCGCGUGCGGAGCUCGUCAAGAUGCUAAAGCAGCCCUGCUUUAGCACGCAGGGUACGAAAGGCGCCCCUGCGGAGCGCCCCCUGCAAACGGCGUAAGCCGACUGUCCCCUUCCAAAAGUCGGAGGGGGGGGGCUUCGGACCGCGCGAUGCACUGCGAUUAGGAUAGGAAAGUCUUCGAUAAGGCUGGAAGCUAGCUACCUAAGCUUACACUCCCUCACUGCAGAGAUGGUUUCGAGCAGCUACGCUCCGAGUGCACUUAAUCCGAAAGAUGUUGUCGGCAGGAUGCUAAAGCAAAGGUUCAAAAGCAGGCAGGAAUAAAGACCGAAUUAUAGGGCUAAUAUUUAGUAUUGCAAACCAAGCGGGUUACAGGUUGAUUCGAACCCCUAAGCUUUUUACCGCGAAACUUACCUUGCAAGCUCGCGCGCGCUCGCGCUGCUUUAGCACGCACCGAAGCCCGCAUGCACCCCCUGCUAGCGAGGCAUCGUAGACGCAGCGUCCCGCCUUCUCUCGCGGUUUACGCCAGCAAUGUAAAGCAGUCGCUGCUCCGAACCCGCUGCGCGCCUGUGUACCCCUCGCCGCGCUUCGCGACACCAGCGGAGCGAUUCUGGAGGGCGAGCUGCGGGGCCUCCGAAGGGUUCAGCCCUGCGGUCCGAAUGCGAGAGCGAGCGAGCCACCGCCGCCCUCCCGCGCUUCGCGACUUAAGGGCAAGGGAGGGCUGCGCAGCGCAGAUUAAUAAAAAAGAAGAUUUCAAUUUUAAAUUAAAGUUUUACUUCUAAAAAAAAAGUAAACAAACAGGACAGAACAGGAGAAAAACAUGAAUAAAAAUAUAAAAACUACUCUGAGUCCGCGGAGCGCGAGCUUCGUGCCCUACGAUCGCGAAGCGCUUGCAGCAACUGCGGUGACUAAAAC